AUCUCACCCCUCCUCCUGCCUCUGCUCCCGCAUCUGCCCGGGCCAGCCUGCACCGACUCUGGAUCGGACUGCCUCUCCCCUCUUCUUCUAUCUGCUCCGUGCCAGCUGCUUCGUCUGUUUUCACCGGUUGUCGGGAUGCUGAACCGAACGCACGUCAAGUUCAUGGUCGUUGUUGCCGUCGUCCACACGAUCGGCGUUGUCGUGUACAUGGGACGGAAGCUGGAGCAGAAGACCCACCGCUGAGGAACGCCAGAGCCCUGCAUCCACAGAAGGAGGCAUAUCCCGCACACUAUGGCCAACGGCCGCUGGUUCGCUCGACCCUGAAUACACGCACACCUCCAUCCUUA